AUGUCACGCUCGGCCGAUACGGCUGAAAGCGAGCUCGAAUUCAGCUCGAUAGACGAAUACGACUCAUUGGACGAAUUGGACCAGGAGUCUCAGACUCGGUUCACCACUGGACAAGCAGCAAAGAAUUACUGGCUGGGAAAGAAGUUCAUGGAUUUCGCUCUCACAUACAGCAUUCUGCGGGAUGCAAGUCCAGAUGAGACAUUCAUAGAUGUUGAUGCAAGUCAUGAACAGGUCAAGGUGGCAGAAUCAACGAGGAAAUGGCCGUAUACGCCUGCCUUGGGGAGCAUGGUACAAGCGUUCGAGACAUCUAUACCCCCUGGCCUGAGGACAAAUACGGGCGAUGAUUACGAGUCCUUCAUGUGUGCUCUUGGCUAUGUCUUGAUGCGAGCACCGGAACCAAACAAUCCUGCGGUCAGCAUGCUGCUGGAGUCGCUGAGUGCAGGAGGAGACAACUUUGUUAAACUUGUUGGGAGCAAGGCCGACUUGGACAUUGAGUUCAGGACGUUUGGUACUCCAGGACGUGAUAAGGGAGUGGAAGCAAAAGGCGUCGACUACUACAGGGAGCUGACGAUGUUCAUCGAGCAAGAAGGUGGCGUUAUCAAAAGGUCCACGACCAAGAUCAACGACAAGCUCGCAAAGGGGCGCCGGUGGAUGACGACUCUUCAAACACUGAACAGGGAGUUUUCAGGAAAAGGAAACACCAUGCACGAGGCAACGCAAAAGGCCGCACAGCGAGCGUGUGAAACAUUUGGACUUGGAGACGAAGAGCAGAAAUAG